AGGUGGAUACUGUUGCAGCUGUGAUGAUGGGUUACCACUGCAGGUGAAAAUGAAAACAUCGUUACUCGGCGACGCGAGAGGACAGUUUGCGCAUCGUUGUCUUGGACAUAAGUGAGCAAGCCUGUGUGUGUGUGUGUCUGUGCAUAGUGUAUUAGUUUGCAGGAAUGUGUGUCAGUGUGUGUGGAUUAUGAGAAGAGCAUUGUGACCAACCGGGAGCAGAUUUUUGCUGCAAUGACCCGUUCUGGCACCGAUUUCUGUCCCAUUCUCUGACUUUCUGCUCCUCUCAGCCCGGAUAUGCACCACCUCGGCAUCUUUUGACUUCAUGAAGAUUCCUGACAUCGGUAAUGUGAUGAAUAAAUUUGAGGUCCUUGGGAUUGUAGGAGAGGGAGCCUAUGGGGUGGUCCUGAAAUGCAGACACAAGGAGACAAAAGAGCUUGUGGCCAUUAAGAAGUUCAAGGACAGCGAAGAGAAUGAGGAAGUUAAAGAGACGACAUUACGAGAGCUCAAGAUGCUCCGUACCCUGAAGCAAGACAACAUCGUAGAACUGAAGGAGGCUUUCCGUCGACGGGGAAAACUCUAUCUAGUGUUUGAAUAUGUGGAGAAGAAUAUGCUUGAGUUGUUGGAGGAAUUGCCUAAUGGUGCGCCACCUGAUAAAGUACGAAGCUACAUCUUUCAGCUGAUCAAAGCUAUUCACUGGUGCCACAAAAAUGAGAUCGUUCACAGGGAUAUCAAGCCUGAAAAUCUCCUCAUCAGCUCCAAUGAUAUCCUGAAGCUGUGUGAUUUUGGCUUUGCCCGCAAUCUCUCUGAAGGCAGCGAUGCUAACUACACUGAGUAUGUGGCGACCAGGUGGUACCGCUCACCUGAACUGCUCCUGGGAGCUCCAUAUGGGAAGGCGGUGGACAUGUGGUCGGUGGGGUGUAUUUUGGGAGAACUGAGUGAUGGGCAGCCCCUGUUUCCGGGAGAGAGUGAAAUCGACCAGCUCUUCACCAUUCAGAAGGUGUUGGGCCCCUUACCACCAGAGCAGAUGAAGCUGUUCUACAACAACCCUCGUUUCGCCGGACUAAGAUUUCCUUCUGUAAGUCAUCCUCAAACGCUUGAUCGAAGGUACCUGGGCAUCAUCAAUGGACUCAUGUUGGAUUUAAUGAAGAACCUGCUGUGCCUGAACCCCACCGAACGUUUUCUGACAGAACAGUGUCUGAACCACCCAGUUUUUCAGGGCCUUAGAGGGCCAGAGCGGCCAGCUGUCCCAUCACCCACCCCACCUCGCUCCUCAAAGAGAAAACCAUACCACGGAGACAACACCAUACCCAGCCGGAGCCACGGAAGUAAGAGUUCAGGUCACCGGCACGCUAACAGCAAGGACUGCUCGUCUCUACCGCGCCAUGAGGACCUCCACCGGAGCACCGACGGCUUCCUGAACGGCAGCAACAUGCUGACCUCAUCCACCCUGAGUCCCACACUACACCCCAAGAGCUACCAGGCCCAGACCCUGAGCCGCUCGGCCUCUUGCAGCAAAGACUUGGCCAACAACAACCUUCCCCACCUACUCAGCCCCAAAGACACAAAGGGAAAGACCGAAUUUGAUUUCAACCUGGGGCCUAAAGCUGGAGUUGCCUCUGUGGGAGGGGACACCUCUACCGGCAAGUACCUCAAGUCAUCCAAACCAGGCCGCCACUCGUCCUUCCUGGAAGGGAAGACCAGCACGCUGCAGUCUGGGGACAAGCACAGUCGCCAUAACUACAUGGAAUCUUCGCACGGAUCCAUGCCUUCCACAUCCUCCUCCAAAAGCUCCUCGUCCUUCCUCAGCCUGUCUAAGAGCCACGGAGCGCUGAACGACACCAAGUCCGUAAGCAAUCUGACCGAGACACGACUCCAUCUGGAUGAUCCCAUGGUGGGAUCGGGCUCAGGCUCCCGCUACUUCCCGUCUAGCUGUCUGGAUCUAAACGCAGCUCCUGGGAGCCCGAGAGGUGAACGGCACGCUGGGGCGGAGCGGCAGGGUCACAGUCCCAGCAGCCGGGGGAACACGCGUCUGGAAGAGGGCACUCUGGACUCACGACGUUCUUCGAGUCGGAAAAAGACGCCGGAUGAACCGAAGGCUUCGGACACGCUGGACCCAAGCAGGGCCGCGGGAGCAGGGGGCAGCCAUGCUCACAAUCUGCCCUCCCCGCAUGAAUCCUAUCCUUAUGGUCUCGGCUACACCAGCCCGUUUUCCUCGCAGCAGCGACCUCAUCGCCACUCCAUGUACGUGCGGAGAGACCGACACCGGCCGCACGGCCAGGAGGCGAAUUUGGUGGUCGGGCAGGGAGUGCCAACACGUGCCAGCAGCCUACAACUCCUCUCGCCGCAGCUCCAGCAUCGCACACUCCCACACCACAACACCAGUUCCUCCCGAGAAGAACUCACGCAAGAUCUGAGCAGGAAUGACCAGUCUCCCAAAGAGAAGCCUCAUUCUCGCCCCCCGAUUAAAGAUUCUACGAGGGACAACACAGCUUCCUUCCACUCACAACGCCCAAAAAACGAGGCUGGGAUGUACCAUGACGCUCAUAUGGAGGAUGGAACCUCAUCCAAGGAGAACAGAAUCAUCUACAGUGACUCGAUGCCUCGCAGAGUGGGAAGCUUUUACAGAGUCCCUUCUCCUCGACCUGACAACUCGUUCCAUGAGAGUGCCGGGCAGAGCAGAGUGCCAGCGGUGGCGGCAGAAAGCACAGCCAUGACAAACCACCCCAAACGUCAGACCAAUUUCGACCCCUGGAAUAAUUCAGAGGCCAUGGUCAUGAACCCACCAGAGGUCCCUAAGCAAAAAGAAAAACAAGGUUUCUUCAGAGCUAUAAAGAAGAAAAAGAAGAAGUCACAACCGGUUCCUAGUGAGGCUCAGCAAGACCAGCUAGUGAUACAAAGACCAGUCAAAUCCUCGUCUCAUCACAGCAGUCGUCACCGCAACCGAGAUCGCGACCGGGAACGUGAUCUGGAAAGGGACAGGGAGCGUGACCGGGAUCGAAACCGUGAGAGGGAUCGUGAUCGUGACAGGGACAACACUUGGCCUGAAAAGCAGACAAAUGUGCAGCCUCAGAACCAGCCUCUGAAGUCCCUGCGGAAGCUCCUACACCUCUCGUCUCCUGCUACGUCCAAUCAGCCCCCACCUCCCGAUCGCUCGGCAGAACUGCGCUUCCAGCCCCUCCCUAACCCCCCUUCCAAAGGGAACCUGAACGAGGCCAGAGGGCUCCCACCAGGCAGCGUCACCCCCAAUACCAAGAGCCGCAAACCCCACAACUACCCUCUGCCAGGGCAGAUCGAGUCCAGCUGGCACGUCUCCGCGCUGAAUAGGGCCGAGGGCGCACCGUACCCAGACCAAAUGGCAAACAAAGGUGGGCAGAAUGGUAUCGGCUUUACCAGAGCCGCUCGCGCGAGAAUGCCAAACCUCAACGAUCUGAAAGAAACGGCUCUUUAGAGGAGGAAGGCCCCCUAGUGGCCACUAGUGUACUUGGUUUCUCCUUUUCCUUCCUGGCUACCUAUGGAAUGCUAUUGUUCAUACAGUGGUACACAAUGCCACUUCUGGCCAGAAGGUGGCAAUAGUUACGUCUCAGCUUUGUUUUUUUAAAGCAUCCACAUUUGAUAGAAUUUGUAUUCUUGUUCAUUACAUCUGGGUUCAGUUUUCUGUUGAAAAUAGCUUACUGACGAUGAUAUGAAUCUAUGUAUUUGUAUAUGGAAACUUGGGGAUGGGGGACAAAAAAAAAAUCUGUGGAAUUGUAAGAGCUUUAGUUUAUACACAAGAGAAUGUAUAAAUAUUUAAUGUGUAAUAAUUCUAUAUUUCAUGGAGAUUAUUUAAUGAAUUAUUGGUGUGUUAAUAGUUACAAUGUACAGAGUGCAUUUUAUGGUUGUAACAAAAGUACUUAUUGUUUCUGAAUUAUUUUCCACUCUUCUGAUAUGAAUUCUCAGUGCAGACUUGGUCUAUAUUACACACUGUCUCAUACGGCAGGUUAUUGAAUCAAUUGGUUAUUGAAUCAUCCCUAUUUAAAACAUGCAACAGCAUAUCAGCAACUACUGAUGCAUCCUAACCAGGUUCUGUGUUACUUUUCAUGCAAGACCAUUAAAUUGACGUCCCAUGAUGGCUAUCUCUCUCACUUUACCCGUAGCCGGUGUCUUACAAUGUUUUCUUACUUCCCAUGAGCUUGGCAUUCAAAACCCAACACAUUGAGAUCAGAUAGUGCUUGUGUUUAGCAUGAGUUCAUUAGAGUCCAGAUCCCCGAAGAGCUGAUGAAUUUCAGCAGAGGCUUAAUGAAAUAAUGAAUCUGAAUAAUGAAUUUCAGCAGAGGCCUCACGGUGUCUCCCUCUGCGAUCUAAACCCCACCAGCUGAUGGAUAAGUGUGACUUUGCCUGUGGCACGAGCGAUGGUUUACAAGCGGCUCUGCUCAAGGUUGUGAGAGUUAAGUCCGUAUCUCCAUCCUGACGUGACUUUCAGCGGUCGCUUUGCGGGGAUUCAGUCGUACGUGUGCAUGAUUCUUUGAACAAACUGAAUAACUGGCGGUUUUAUUUGAAUCAGUUUAACCGCAUGUUUUUGAAGAGAUAAAAGCAUUGCCUCAGAACCUGGUAAAAGGAUUUCAAAGACGUAAUGCAGUUAUUGAUCUGUUAGCGGGGAGGGCAGGUGGGAGACGCAGUAAGAUUUUGGAGUGGCCUCUGAAACGCAGCACAUUUUCAUUCAGGCUUUCAGUGUUUGCUUUAGAUUGAUCUCACUGUACAUUUCAUUCAAUUAUAUUCUACUAAUAUAGAUUGAAAUGAGAUGGAUAUAAAAUAUGCAAACUAGCUAUAUUAAGAAUUCCAGGCAUUUGAAUACCAAUGCAAACAGAGCAAUAUAUCAUAACUUUGAGGUGAAUUUAUCAUCCUUCAUAGAGUUGCAGCAGAGUGUUACAUUUUUAUUCAUUUACAUUGAUUAUCACGACAGGCACUUUGCUUAACAACUGCAGUUUCUUACAAAAUCCCCCCAAAGAGAGUGACAGAGCAUUUUUCAUUUUAAAUAACUCUAGUGAAAUGUGUCCUGGGAACUAUUUUUUUUUUUUUAGUAGUAUUGUUUAUAAAUGGUGCACUUUAAACAGACAUUUCACAGGUGUUUGUGCUGAUAUGGUGUUUGAUUAAAACAGAAUUUUGUAUCCAUCUAAUCUUCUACCUUAUCUACCUACAGUAUAUGAGCUCUGUCUUUCACAGGACUGGAUUUAGAAGUUUUAUGUUCAAGUUACACAUUCAGAUUUAGUCUAUACAGUAUCUUUGACAUUUACAUCAAAAGUCAUGUUUUUUUUUUUAUCUGUUCUCAUUUAUAUCUUAUUGAUUUCCGUUGUCUCAGCACUAUUUCAGUGUGUUAUGCAUAAUGAAAUGACCAAGUUAAUUUUCAGUAACAUCUUGAAUCAUUUAUAUUCUAUAUAUCUCACAUCAUAUAUCUGACAGCAAUCCUGUUUAGUCAUUAUGUUCUUUUAAACUCUUGUGUUGUCUUUCAUGGUUAAACUGCCAUGCAAUAACAAACUGUUGUUUUUUGAUUUGUAGGAAGAGAUGAGAAUCAACUUCUAUGUGCUUGUUCGAAAAGCCCCUUUCUGGAACCUCUUGUUUUCUUGUUGCAUAUUUUCAGGUUAAUAUUAGUGAAAUGAAACUCUUUGUUCCUGAGUAAUGCGGUCUGCCGGUUUGAGAGUAUUUCAUCCUGGCCUGAAUGUGAUUGCAUCACUUUGGAUUAACACCUUGUCCAUAAACGCUCGAACAUCCUUUAAUCUGCAGUACGUUGGCACAGUCGGUCUCUGUGGUGCCAGGUAAUCUUCUCAUCAGCCAGCUGUUAGGACUGACAAGAUAAAUAGUUUGGCUGUAGCCAGCUGUGGUGAGGUCGCCUGCGACUGUUAAUCUAUAACCGGCCUUGUUAACCCGCUACAAAACCUACGUUUGCAGCAUGUAGAAUGUCGCUGAUUCUGCAUUUCUUCUGGUUUGCGAAGCACCAUUAUUUUGUUUUGAAUGUUAUGUUUUUUCUUUCAAAUCAACUUGUGUGGAAUCAUGCUAACAUGCAAAAAAUGACCACUUCCCUAUCCCAGAGUACUAAAAUACUACAAAGCUAGUUUAAGCGCUAAAACAGAAAACUGAUUUCAGAAGGGCUGCAUCUUUGUGGGCAGAAAUGACCAUUCUGUCAUUUCUGUCAAAAUGGAGUCUGAUAGUGGUGUGAU